CAAUCCCAGCGGCCUUUACUCCCUUACAGGCAGAGCUUUGGGCGCCGCUGAUUGCACCAGUGACUCAUGAGGAGGUUCUUAAUGCAGUGCGAGGGAUGGGUGCACUUAAAGCUCCCGGGAAAGACGGCCUAAAUCCUUUCUUCUAUCAACGAUGUUGGAAUAUUGUCGGUUCGGCAGUUGUGGACUUCGGGCAGGCUGUGUGGCACCAGCCUUCCCGCAUCAAGGAAGUGAAUUCUACCAUUUCGGUCUUGAUACCGAAGAUUGCCAAACCUAUCCUCAUAGAGCAAUUCCGUCCCAUCAGCCUUUGUAAUGUCAGCUACAAAAUGGUCACUAAGUGCCUAGCUGAGAGACCCAAACCUCUGAUGCCAAGCCUGGUGCACGAGACACAGACAAGCUUCGUUCCUGGGAGGCAGAUUACUGAUAAUAUUUUCAUUUUGCAGGAAGUGCCAUUCGAUGCGCGCAAAGUCAGGCAGGGUGGGUUGAUGGUUCUAAAGAUCGACCUGGCCAAGGCUUAUGACCGCAUCAAAUGAAGCUUCGUUAACGACACGCUGGUUGCAACAGGGAUUCCCCAACAGUUUAUCGACGUUACGAUGAACUGUAUCUCCUCGGCAACUAUGCAGAUACCGUGGAAUGGCGGAGUCACGGAGGCAUUUACACCUUCAAGAGGGCUCCGUCAGGGCUGCCCCAUCUCGCCAUACCUUUUCACCCUGUGUAUGGAAAGGUUAGGCCAUCUGAUUUCGGCGGCAGUUGUAACAUCCCAAACCUUUUCCCGACAAGAUACUGUCCGCUUUGAGCCUCUACACCCGCACGGAUUUCAACUUGGGGUGCAAUUCAAGGUGACUUCCCAUAAGGUCACCCAUCCUUGUUGUACUCCACACUGAGCAUGUUUAACUUCGGAGUUCUCACAAGAACUCUUCCAUUACACCUCAAAACGCGUCUUGUCAGUUAAGCUCGGUUUCCUACUUAUGAACCAUGGAUCUCUCCCGUGCUUUGUCGAUGUGGGAUUUGCCUAAGGUGUUACAUACACUCCCCCUUGGGACUCAACGCCCUCGUUGAGGUUUGCCCCACCAUCGUUCAAGAGGGACGCGGGGAGGCUCUGAUACCACUUGUAACAUCCCGAACCUAAUGCACUAAUGCACCGGAUCCCAUCAGAACUCCGAAGUUAAACGUGCUUGGGCGAGAGUAGUACUAAGAUGGGUGACCUCUUGGGAAUAUGUAACACCUUAGGCAAAUCCCACAUCGACAAAGCACGAGAGAGAUCCAUGGUUCAUAAGUAGGAAACCGAGCUUAACUGACAAGACGCGUUUUGGGGUGUAAUAGAAGAGUUAUUGUGAGAACUCCGAAGUUAAACGUGCUCAGUGUGGAGUACAACAAGGAUGGGUGACCUUAUGGGAAGUCACCUUGAAUUGCACCCCAAGUCGAAAUUCAUGCGGGUGUAGAGGCCCAAAGCGGACAUUAUCUUGUCGGGAAAAGCUUCGGGAUGUUACAAUCUAUGAUGCAGGUGAGCUGGAACGACCUGCCGGAUGGGUGGGUGAGCUUAAAUAUGGAUGGAUCGGUGAUACUCACUCAAGAUAGUGCUGCGGCAGGGGGAGUGAUCAGGCGGAGUGACGGACAGAUGAUCUAGGCCUUCAUGUCGAAUCUAGGGGGAGGAUCGAUUACCCAUGCCGAGCUGGCAGGCAUCGAGCACGUUGAUAUAGGCGAACCCUUCAAUCCACACGCAUCGAAUGCUUCUGCAGUCUAUCCGACGCUUCUUGACGUUGGAUUGGGAGAUUACCAUCAAACAUGUCUUUCGGGAGGGCAACUUUGUGGCUGACUACUUGACUUCUAUGGGUCAUUCCCAACCGGUGGGCUUACAUAUUUUUGACACGCCAGACCUGUGGUUGGGGUAUUGAUUGUAUUACGAUAUUAUUGGGGUUCAAACCCCUCGUUUAGUCAAUAAUUAAGGGUUGGAGCGCCCCUUAGCGCUCCAUUUCCGACCAAAAAAAAUAUAUGUUGAUAAUGUAU